CAUGUGGCUCGGCGUUAGGAACAGAAGUUCAAGAGGCCGCGCUGCUCCUUCUCCCGCAUUCACUGGGGAGUCUUGCUCUGCAAGUGCAGUUGCAGGCGGUUCGGGAGCGCAGCCCCAGACCUGCUGCCCGCCGCUUCUGUGCCUCUGCAUCUGCCACCGUGGGUCCCAAGUUCCAGUGACUUCUCCUGUCCCACCCUCUCCGCUCUGCUCCCCGUGUGUCCUGAAGAAAGGGGACCUGCUCCCGAGAUUUUCCACGGUGAUGAUAGCAUUUGAAGACCUGGCUGUGUACUUUACCUGGGAGGAAUGGCAGAACAUAAACAAUGCUCAGAAAAUCCUGUACAGAGAUGUGAUGCUGGAGACCUACAGCAGCCUCUUCUCCUUGGGGCACUGCAUUACCAAACCUGACUUAAUCUUCAAGUUGGAGCAAGGAGAAGAGCCAUGGAUGGUGGACAAAUGCUUGAAUCAGAGCCUUUCAGUGGUCAUGGAAAGGGAUGACCUGAUUAAGAUCAACCUGGAAAGUCAGGACAAAAAUCUGAAUCAGGAUUUUAUGAAAAAUAACAAGACAUCAGCUCACAAGAGAGUUGAAUUAAGAAAAACCCUUAGUUUAAAUUCAAGCCAUAUUCCAACAAUGAUUAUUAAAAAGGGAAUCUAUUCAGGAUUGAAGCCUGAGGAAUGCAAUAAAUGUCACACUGUGUAUCCCCACAGUGGGCCUGAUCAACUACAGGCUGGAGAGAAAUUUGAUAACACUAAGAUACCUGGAAAAUCUCUCCAGUUCUGUGAGCCUCUUAGUCAGUAUGACAAUAUUCACAUCAUGAAGCAGCCAUUUGGACCCACUGGACAAGCAAAAGUCUUCACAAGAAAGAUGUUCUGUAAAUCUGAGAGGGUUCAUAUGGCAGAAAACUGUAAUAAAUCAACUGUCACUUUUGGAAAAGCAACUCAAAUAGAAAAAGCUAUCCAUGAAAAUUCUAGCCUCAAUAUGCAUCAACAAACUCACACAAGAAAGAAAUUUUAUAAGUACAUUAAGUAUGUUGAACCUGUCAUUCACCAGUCACAUCUUGCAAUAAAUCACAGACUAAAUACGAGGGAAAAACUUUACACAUGUAACCCUUGUGGAAAAUCACUCAGUAUUAAUUCACCUUAUGAAUGUAAUGACUGUGGAAAAGACUUUGGACAAAAGUCAGUCCUCAGGAAAUGUCAACAAAUUCACACAGGAGAGAAAUCACAUGAAUGUAGUGAUUGUGGAAAAGCCUUUACACAAAAGUCAUACCUCAUAAACCAUCAGCGAAUUCACACAGGGAAGAAACUUUAUAAAUGCCUUCAUUGUGAAAGAGGCUUUCUGUGGAAGUCAGCCCUCAUCAUACACCAGAGAAUUCACACAGGGGAGAAACCUCAUCAAUGUAAUGACUGUGGAAAAGCCUUUGGAUGCAAGUCAGACCUCAUAAAACAUCAGCGAAUUCACACAGGGGAGAAACCUCAUAAAUGUAAUGACUGUGGAAAAGCCUUUGGAAGAAAGUCACACCUCAUCAUACACCAGAGAAUUCACACAGGGGAGAAACCUCAUAAAUGUAAUGACUGUGGAAAAGCCUUUGGAGACAAGUCAGUCCUCAUCACACACCAGAGAAUUCACACAGGGGAGAAACCUCAUGAAUGUAAUGACUGUGGAAAAGCCUUUGGACACAAGUCACACCUCACCAUACACCAGAGAAUUCACACAGGGGAGAAACCUCAUAAAUGUAAUGACUGUGGAAAAGCAUUUGGACAAAAGUCACAACUCAUCAUACACCAGAGAAUUCACACAGGGGAGAAACCUCAUGAAUGUAAUGACUGUGGAAAAGCCUUUGGAUACAAGUCAUACCUCAUGAACCAUCAGCGAAUUCACACAGGGGAGAAACCUCAUGAAUGUAAUGACUGUGGAAAAGCCUUUGGAUACAAGUCAAACCUCAUAAACCAUCAGCGAAUUCACACAGGGGAGAAACCUCAUCAAUGUAAUGACUGUGGAAAAGCCUUUGGACACAAGUCACACCUCACCAUACACCAGAGAAUUCACACAGGGGAGAAACCUCAUAAAUGUAAUGACUGUGGAAAAGCAUUUGGACAAAAGUCACACCUCAUCAUACACCAGAGAAUUCACACAGGGGAGAAACCUCAUGAAUGUAAUGACUGUGGAAAAGCCUUUGGACAAAAGUCAGUCCUCAUGAACCAUCAGCGAAUUCACACAGGGGAGAAACCUCAUGAAUGUAAUGACUGUGGAAAAGCCUUUGGAUACAAGUCAAACCUCAUAAACCAUCAGCGAAUUCACACAGGGGAGAAACCUCAUCAAUGUAAUGACUGUGGAAAAGCCUUUGGACACAAGUCACACCUCACCAUACACCAGAGAAUUCACACAGGGGAGAAACCUCAUAAAUGUAAUGACUGUGGAAAAGCAUUUGGACAAAAGUCACCCCUCAUCAUACACCAGAGAAUUCACACAGGGGAUAAACCUUAUGAAUGUAAUGACUGUGGAAAAGCCUUUGGAUACAAGUCAAAGCUCAUAAACCAUCAGCGAAUUCACACAGGGGAGAAACCUCAUGAAUGUAAUGACUGUGGAAAAGCCUUUGGAGACAAGUCAGUCCUCAUCACACACCAGAGAAUUCACAUGGGGCAGAAACCUCAUAAAUGUAAUGACUGUGGAAAAGCCUUUGGAUACAAGUCACAACUCAUAAAGCAUCAGCGAAUUCACACAGGGGAGAAACCUCAUGAAUGUAAUGACUGUGGAAAAUCCUUUGGACACAAGUCAUACCUCAUGAACCAUCAGCGAAUUCACACAGGGGAGAAACCUCAUGAAUGUAAUGACUGUGGAAAAGCCUUUGGACGCAAGUCACACCUCACCAUACACCAGCGAAUUCACACAGGGCAGAAACCUCAUGAAUGUAAUGACUGGGGAAAACCUUUACAAAAGUCACACCUCAUCAUACACCAGAGAAUUCACACAGGGGAGAAACCUCAUAAAUGUAAUGACUGUGGAAAAGCCUUUGGAGACAAGUCACACCUCAUCGUACACCAGAGAAUUCACACAGGGGAGAAACCUCAUAAAUGUGAUGACUGUGGAAAAGCCUUUGGACACAAGUCACACCUCCUCAUACAUCAGCGAAUUCACACAGGGGAGAAACCCCAUGAAUGUGAUGACUGUGGAAAAGCCUUUGGAUACAAGUCAGCCCUCCUCAUACACCAGAGAAUUCACACAGGGGAGAAACCUCAUCAAUGUAAUGACUGUGGAAAAGCCUUUGGACACAAGUCACACCUCAUCAGACACCAGCAAAUUCACAAAAGGGAGAAACCUCAUGAAUGUAAUGGCGAUGGAAAGGCCUUUGGUUGAAAGUCAGACCUCAUGAAACAUCAGUGAAUUCACACAGGGUAGAAACCUCAUGAAUGUAAUGACUGUGGAAAAGCCUUUGGAUACAAGUCAUACCUCAUGAAGCAUCAGCGAAUUCACACAGGGGAGAAACCUCAUGAAUGUAAUGACUGUGGAAAAGCCUUUGGAUGAAAGUCAGGCCUCAUCGUACACCAGCAAAUUCACAAAAGGGAGAAACCUCAUGAAUGUAAUGGCGAUGGAAAGGCCUUUGGAUGAAAGUCAGACCUCAUGAAACAUCAGUGAAUUCACACAGGGGAGAAACCUCAUCAAUGUAAUGACUGUGGAAAAGCAUUUGGACGAAAGUCACACCUCAUCGUACACCAGAGAAUUCACAUGGGGCAGAAAUCUGAUGAAUGUAAUAACUGGCAAAGCCUUUGGAAACAAGUCACACCUCAUCAUACACCAGAGAAUUCACACAGGGCAGAAACCUCAUAAAUGAAAUGACUGUGGAAAAGCCUUUGGACACAAGUCAUACCUCAUAUUACAGUAGAGAAUUCACACAGGGAAGAAACCUCAUAAAUAAUGAUUGUGGAAAAGCCUUUGGCCAUAAGUUAGGCCUCAUGAUACAUCAGUGAAAUCACACAGAGCAGAAACCUCAUGAAUGUAAUGACUGUGGAAAAGCCUUUGUAUGAAAGUCACACCUCAUAUCACACUGGAGAAUUCACACAGGGGAGAAAACCCAUGAAAGUAAUGACCAAGGGAAAGCCUCUGGAUAAAAGUCAAUCCUUUAGAAACAUCAGAGAAUUCACACAGGGAGGAAACCUCAUGAAUGUAAUGACUUUGGAAAAGCCUUUUGACAAAAGACAAAACUCAUAUCACAGCAGAGAAUUCACACAGGGUAGAAAACUCAUGAUUGUAAUAACUGUGGAAAGCAUUUAGCCAUAAGUCAACCUUCAUCAUGCAUCAGGGAAUUCACACAGGGCAGAAACCUUAUGAAUAUAAUGACUGGAAAAGCCUUUGGACAAAAGUCAAACCUCAUAAUGCACCAGAGAAUGCACACAGUGUUGAAACUUCAUGAAUGUAAUGACUGUGGAAAAACUUGAUUUUAACUCCCAACUCCAAAUGCAUCAGAGGAUUCACACAGGGAAAUAACCUUAUAAAUGUAAUGACUGUGUAAAAGCCUUUUUCUAUAAGUUAUAUCAAAACAGAAUUCACACAGGGCAGAAACCGUAUCAAUCUAAUGAGUGUGGAAAAGCCUUUAUAAAUCAUAUGUUGUAAGUCAUAGCUCAUAUCACACCAGAGAAUUCACAUCGGAGAGAAACUUCAUGAAUGCAAUGACUGUAGAAAAGCCCUUGGCAAUAAGUCACAUCUCAGAAUGUGUCAGAAAAUUCACAUGAAAAGAAACCUUUUGGACAUAAUGACUUGGAAAGCUUUUUCCCAUAGUUCAGCCCUCAUUGCACAUCAUCUAAUUCAUAUGUGGGAAAACACUUUGUAUAUAAUGCAUAUGGAAAAGCCUUUAUCCAUAAGUAACACCCCAUAAAACAUCAGAAUUCACAUGGGGGAGAAACCAUAUGAAUGGAAUGAGUGUUGGAAAACUAUGCCAAUAUCACACAAUAUAACAUCGAGAAUUUA